GUCAGAUUUGGGCAUUCCAUGCCUCGGGGCCACUAUGGCCAUGGCACCGGACCAAUCUGGUUGUAUGACGUCGACUGUACAGGAGAUGAAACAGCGUUGUCGAGCUGUCAGCAUGGUGGUCUUGGAGUGUCAAACUGCGACCAUACCAACGACGUAGGCGUCAUGUGUAUGAACGAUGUGCCAACAGUUCCUAAAGCAGUUACAGAAGACCAAACCUUGAGGGUGGAGUUGGUUGAUGGACCAAAUACCCAAUCUGGACGUGUUGAAAUAAUUAUCGGGAACCGUCGCGGGACAAUAUGCGAUGAUUCGUGGGACGACAACGAUGCAUCAGUCAUUUGCAGAAUGCUUGGAUACGGUGGUGGAAAAGCGCUAAUUGAAGCUCCCUUCGGUCCAGGCAGUACGAGUAUCCUUUUCGAUGACGUUCAAUGUGUCGGUAGCGAAACAUCUAUCAUUUCAUGCCCUCAUUCCGGUGUUGGUAUUCAUAACUGUGGGCACCACGAGGAUGCAGGAGUUUCAUGUGUUGUUAUGUGUGGUCUGCGUCCACGUUUUAAUGAACAGAACAUACUCACUGCUACACUGCCUCAUCAACAAACAAGAAUAGUUGGAGGCAAACCUCAAAAUAUAGGGCAAUACCCGUGGCAAAUAUAUGUGCAAAUACGAAGCGAGAAGAAAGAAACGUUCUGUGGAGGUACCAUCAUCGGCAAGCGUUGGAUUCUAAGCGCUGCACAUUGCUUUGAACAAACGCCUACGAAAGGCGCUCUUUUAGCCGUUAAGGUAAGCGCCGGAGUUCACGACUUGAAUAUAGCGGAAAACAAUAAACAGGUGUUUGAACUUCGACCAAAUCAGAUUGUAUUGCAUCCCAGCUAUAAUUCAGCCACGCAUGAUUUUGACUUCGCACUAUUGGUGCUGGAAAAGGAACAAAUCCUCAAUUUUAACGAGGACAUACAAUCAGCCUGUCUGCCGGAUGAAAGUACGAGAUACGAUCUUGGACUCAGGUGUCACAUCUCUGGUUGGGGAAAAAUAGCCUUUGAUGGAAGUACAUCAAACGUGCUCUUAGGUGCGGAAAUAAGCCUGAUUGAUGAUGCCGAUUGCAAAAAUAAAUACAGUGACAUUGUAAACAUAACAUCGAACAUGGUAUGCGCUGCUGAUUACAAGCGAGGUGUCCAUCCAUGCCAUGGGGAUUCCGGUGGGCCAUUAGUUUGCAACAUUGCGGGUCGUUACUACGUAAUGGGUGCACCAUCCUUUACAGUAGGGUGUGGUAGCACAGAACAUCCAAGUGUGUUUGCAAGAGUUACAUCUGUACGGUCUUGGAUUGAUUCGAUUUCAAGAUGUUAUUCCUCCGAUAGUAUUUGUGACCACGUUCAAGACUGUCCCGGAAAUGAAGAUGAAAGCGGAUGUGCUUACAACAAGUUUAAUAGGAUAGCUAACCGAACCAUUCACACGAACAACAUCGCAGAGGAAUUCGUUGGUAUAUCAAAUGAACAAUGCACGCCAAAUUUUGCUGAGUAUCGUUUGUGCCAAAAAUGUACAGAGAAACAGUUCUACGAGUGUUUAGCUUUUGCGUACAAUCAACGAGAAAGAAAAUGCCUUCUCGAAAAUUUAACAUACACGAGACAUGCAGUUCGUGAACAUUCCAAAGCAUAUGAUGUUUUCGAAUUUAAAGGACAUACAGAUAAAGUACACGUUAGACUGGUUGGUGGUGACGCACACUCUGGGCGCGUUGAAGUGAGUUACCAAGAUGAAUGGGGAACCAUUUGUGACGACGGUUGGGAUGAUAAAGAUGCAGCUGUUGUGUGCCGCAUGCUUAACCUGCCAUGGAUUGCAGCACAUGCAGUUAAGGGUUCAACGUUUGGUUCUGCGAAAGAAAAGUAUGUGUUGGAUGAGGUUAACUGUACUGGAACUGAAAUGUCUAUCGAGCAGUGUGCGCACCGAGCAUGGAAACUUCACGAUUGUAAGCCGUAUGAAUCAGCUGCCGUCGUCUGUGGGAGCGAUGCUGAUGGCACUAAAUGCCACGAAGAUCAAUUUACAUGCGGUGAUGGACAAUGUUUGAAUGCCAAAGAAGUAUGUAAUGGUUCAUGUGACUGUAAGUCUGGCUGCGAAGAUGAGCGCAAGCAUGGAACACAUAACUGUUCAAGCAAUUUCAUUCAUUUGCAAAAUGGUACCCGAAAUAGAACCCACAUGACUGGUCGAGUGGAGAUUACGAGAAAUGGCCUCAUUGGAACAUUAUGCGAUGAUUUAUGGGACGACAAUGCUGCUACUAUUGUCUGCAAAAUAUUUGGAUUCAGGUAUGGAACAGCAUGGUCAGCUGGUCAUUUUGGUUAUGGCACUGGUCCUAUCUGGAUGGAUGACUUCAACUGUACUGAAGCAACCUCGUUUUCGCAAUGCAAGAAACGCGGCUGGGGAAUUUCUGAUUGCGAUCACACUGAAGAUGCUGGCGUGUUCUGUAGCAACGACUUGCCAUGGUCAAUUGAGGUGAAAGUAAGAAUAGAUUUAGUCGACAGACCUGACAACCGUGCUGGUCGCGUUGAAAUUAUGAUUGGCAACGAGCGAGGUACAAUAUGCGAUGAUGAUUGGGACAACACAGAUGCCACAGUCAUCUGCAGAAUGCUCGGAUAUGAGUUGGGAACAGCAGUGGUAGAUGCCUACUUUGGUCAUUCCAGCCUUAAAACCCUUUUAACUAAUGUACAUUGUAAAGGAACUAAAUCAUCGGUUAUUUCUUGUAAUUACUCACGCCUGGGGAACUGUUUGCAAUAUGCAGGCGCUGGAGUUAUAUGCAACGCUAAGAAUGAAUUAACAAAUCAAUCAACGUAUGCUCUAACAGAUUAUACAUGCGGACAACGCGCACCUCGUUCUCCAUAUCAACGAAUAAUGGGAGGCGUUGCUGCGACACAAGGGUUGUAUCCUUGGCAAGCGGGUGUGCAAAUGUAUAAUAGGUCUUCGUACAAGUAUGAACACCACUGCGGUGGGACAAUCCUGAACAACCGUUGGAUUCUUAGCGCUGCACACUGUUUUGUGGAUCGAUUUAAUCUUAGGAUGUUUAACAGGCGUGACUUCAAGGUACACACUGGUUACAACGGCCGUCUGGUAUCUAAACAGGAUUUCGACUUGAAGCACCUGAUAACACAUCCCAAAUAUAGCCAUUUAACCAACGAUUACGAUGUAGCUCUGUUAAUGGUCAAACUUAAGGAUGGGUUUGGCAUAUUGUUCAAUGAAGAUGUGCAGCCGGCUUGUCUUCCGGAUGACAGUGUGUCAUACGAAUCUGGCCAAAGGUGCAACAUAUCUGGCUGGGGAGCAAAAUCAUUCGGCGAAAAAAAUGAACAGAAUGAGCUUCAUGCUGCUGAGGUUGGAAUACUCGGAGAUGAUGAUUGCCAAAAGAAAUACAAAAUAACACCAAACAUGUUUUGCGCUGGUGAUCUGGAGGGUGGUGUAGAUACCUGUCAAGGAGAUUCCGGUGGUCCGCUUGUAUGCAAUGUGAAAGGGCGAAUUUAUGUGUUAGGUGUCACAUCCUUUGGAAAUGAAUGCGGUUUACCAGAAUUUCCUGGCGUCUAUGCUAAAGUAAAGGCAUUCCUGCCGUGGAUUUAUUCGGUUAUGGCAAGAUUUAAUACAAUCACUUGAAAACAACGCCCCCACAACGAUCGAUUGAAAUAUCGAAACGUUUACGGAUAAAACAUAUAUAUUCUGUUACAUUAACGCAUUUCUGAAUUGCAUACUGUAAUAUAAGUGUUAUGUCUUAUGGUCAGUCACGAAUACAUUGGAAGGUAUGCACAGACAGAAGACAGACAGAAUAGUUUACUAACGUUUCACUUGUGUACAUAACAAUACCGCAAAGCAGUACAACAUCUGUCUUAAUACGUACAAAACCACUAUAAAAGAGUUACGAGAGACGAUGGUGUUACGAGAGACAAUUGUGAUUCACGAUGCAUAUGUAUAUACUGUUCGCAUCCCUUUGAAAUAAAAGAAAUGUAUAAGUUU